AUGACUUGUGUUUCCUCUCGGGCCACAGUUUCUCUCGGCUCUUGCUUGUCAAUCGUUUUUAGCAGACUGACAGCUACCGAGAUUACAGUCCCAUCAGCCGGUAUCUUGCACGCGGCAGUAGCACCCCUGCGGACAGUAGGGGAACGAAGAUUGUUAUAUUUGGCAAUCUAUGAUGGAAGAACUGCAGCAGAGGGUGUCAAAAGGAGGAAGGAAUGGAAGAAAAGGAGUUCUAAAAAAUCCAAAAACAAGAAAAAUGUGAGAACUUUAGGGCCUGGUUCAGAAGAUGGGAGGGUUAAGAAAAUGGAUAAAAAGAUGAAAAAGUUUCUUCAGAAAAAGGCUAGAAGCUAUAAUUCAGAUGAUGAUGAGGUGGAAGAAGAAGACUGGAAUUUGAAGGGGGGAGAAGAGCAGUCAGGAGUAGUGAAAAAUGAGGUAAAAGGUGGGUUUGAGUCGAAAUUUUCGGAUAGUGAGGAAGAAGGAGAAGAGAAUGGUGAAGAGAAAAUUGAGGUUUCGGAGGAUGAAGAUGGUGAAAUUCAGCCAGGAGUAAUGAGAUUUUCAGAGGGUUGUAAGGCUUUUAGGUUGGCAUUCAAGAAGAUUACCAAGAAAACUGCUUCAACCGAUCAUGAUGUACUGGGUCCUGUGUUAUCAGCACAUAAAAAACUUGUUGCCGAGAAGCUAGCUGAAGAAGAAGCAGAGAGAAAGGUUAAGGGUGAGGCAAAGAAGGAAAAACACCUGGUUGGAGAGAAGGGGCAUGUGAAGGCUGCUAAUUAUUUGGAUUCACAUGAAAAGCAUCUCAUUGGAGUUGCUACUAGAGGAGUGGUCAUAAUUAUUUAAUGCUGUCAAUAAGGCACAACACUCACAGAGAGGACUGAAUCCCUCAAGGUUGAAAGAUGAAAAUGUAAUUAAGAAGCGGAGGAAAGAGGCUUUUUUCUCAGUCUUGGGCUGGACCCCUUCCCAAAAAACCGGGAGCAUAGAAAAGAUUGGUGCAUCUGCUGGCACUGGUUCUGUUGAUGCUCCUGCAUGGGCGCCAUUGCGUGAUAAUUACAUGUUAACAAACUCUAAGUUGAAGGACUGGGAUAAGAUGCCAGGCACAGCUGCUGUAGAUGACUUUGGGUUGCGACCAGAUGUAGAUAGUUCAUCUGAUGAUGAGUAAUAAAUGUCAGGAUAAAUUACAGUCAACUUGCAAUGCUUGGAUGCAGCCAACUGGAUGGAGCUGGAGAUGAUCUAAACAGAAGCAAGAAGUUGAGACUCGUCCUCUUCAUUCCAAAAGCCAAUGCCUAUUCUUAUCAUCAGAGAUGCGACAUCAUAGAGAGAUUCUAGCCUUGAUUUGAACAGUUCCAUACUCCAUUUUCAAGACUCGGACAGGGGUUUAAAGAGUACCAGCUCAAUGAUAAUUCAAUUUUCACCAAAACAAAAAAAAAAGAAAAGAAAAAGAAAAGGUAGCUUCAAUGAACCAUUUCAUCAGAAUCCCCAUCUGUCUCACAUGACUAUCUUAGGAUCAUCAUUGUAUCCACCUGUGAAUAGUCUCAUCGCCCACAAACAUCGUGUUAGAAACAAUAUCAUAAUUACAUAGGACUUCAUUGUGUAAUGUCCAAUAUAACUCAAUUAAAAGGAAAAGGAAAAAUCGUUUAAAAUGUCUU